AUGUAUCAAAACAAUGACGGGAAGCCGGUUUUUCAUCUUUGGACAGACGCGCCCGAAAUUGAUGAGGGACGCAUCGCCGAUGGUCAAAUUCCCCAGGGGGAUGUUCUGCUAAAGUGCGAGGCUUGUGCGAAAAUUUUCGACGGCCGCCAGGCUGCUGCCGACCGGCUUUUGCAGCACACCCUCUUCCACGCGCCAUGUGUGCUCUUUAAGUGCACCGAGUGCAACUACACGAGCAGUUGCACAUCGGCUAUCCAACAUCACCGCGACAAAACGCAUGAGGGACGAGGAGACACCAGGGGCUUGAGAACCCGAGAAAAGUACGACUUCUUACUGCAGGCAUCCAUCCGCAACUUCCCGUCUCGCGCCGAAAAGCUCACCGAGCAUUUCGUGAUGUUGCGCGAAGGGCUGAACGGACAUGAUACCAGGGCGAUGACAUCUGCGAUCGGGCCCGUGGAUGCGGACGCGAGCACCUCGGAGGAUCACCCCCUUUUCACGCGCAUCAAGCCUGAACCGGUCUGCGACGACGAGGACCUGCAGAUCUCGGUCGCGAAGCCGCGCCACCAACUUCGCUUCCGCAUGUCGACCUCGAGCACUCGCGCCGCGAAGCAAGCCGCCUCACCUCCAUUUUGCGAGGCAAAAAAGCGCUCGGCUCCCACAUCACAAGGGGUUGUUUGCAUGACGGCGAAGGUGAAAACCGAGCCAGGCACCUUCGACGCUGAUACCGAGCCGUGUCCGAAAAAGCGGCGCUCCGCCAUGCUGAUCGGUCGCCCGUCCGAGGACUUGGAGCUUGACGGCGUAGAGGACUCUUUGAAAUCCGCGUCCCGUCUCCUGGUUUUGCAGACCAAAGGGGAAAAUAUCUUUGAAGGGCGAGACUUGCGGAUUGCGAUGCACAGGGUUUCCUUAGACACGCAAAUGCCCGACCCAGAGCGAGCACCGCAAAGCAGCGUUGAGGACAAGGAUAGGCAAAUCACUCAGCUACAAUCGGAGAAUAGAGAACUGCAGCGGCGCCUCAGCCAGGCCCAGGACCGUAUGUUGGUGAAGAAUCAGGCCGUUGAGGCACUAAUGGAGCAAAACCGCAUCCUUCGGAAUUGGCUAAACGACGAGGAGCUGUGCAAGCAGCUGCCACAAAUACCCAUUGAU